GGGCCACGGGACUAGUCGUACGGGAAGCCUGUGCGCGCGCGGGCAGCUGGCAGGCUGCGGAGUGAACGAACCCGGCGGCUCUCCCCACCGCAGUUCAGCGCUCGCCACGGCGCACGGCAGGCGGCUGCAGUAGCACCGGCACCAUGAUCGCCUACUUGAGCGGUGCGUGCGAGGCGGCGUGGUGGUGGUGGUCGUGGUCUUGCCAGCUGGUGGGCGCCGCCGCGCUGCUGGGGCUGGCCGCCUGGCUGCUCUCCAUCGCCCUCGACCUCCUCCACCCCCUGCGGCUGGUCGACCGCCUGCACCAGCGGGUCGUCCUCAUCACGGGCUGUGACUCCGGGUUCGGUGCGGCCCUGGCUCGGCGGCUGGACGCGCUGGGCGUUCCCGUGGUGGCGGGCUGCCUCUUCCCGGAGGGCCCCGGAGCCAAGCAGCUGGUCCAGGAGUGCUCCUCCAGGCUGCGCGUCCUACCGCUGGACGUGACCUCGGAGCAGCAGGUGCGCGACGCCGUCUCCAGCAUCCGCGACAGCCUGGACGGACGGGAGCUGUGGGCGCUGGUGAACAACGCCGGGGUGCUGGAGGCGGGGGAGGCGGAGCUGGCGCCCCCGGAGGCGUUCGAGCGCUCGCUGGCCGUCAACUCGGUGGGCGUGGUGCGCGUCACUCAGGCCUGUCUGCCUCUCAUACGGCAGGCCAAGGGCCGCAUCGUCAUCGUCGCCAGUCCUCUGGGCAGGACAGCAAUGCCGAUACUGUCUCCGUACUGCAUGUCCAAGAGUGCCGUCAUAUCGUACUGCGAUGCUCUGCGUGUCGAGAUGAAGAAGUGGGGCGUCUCCGUCUGCACGGUGGAGCCGUCCAGCUACAUGUCUGAUCUGAACAAUCCCGACCAUUUCAAGGCAACAGUUUCGAAGAAUUUUCAGACGUGUCCACUAAGUGUGAGGGAGGCUUACGGACUUGAUUACGAAGAUAAGUGCACGAAAAGACUGUCUUUACUGACGAUCCUCGCAAAACAGCAUUCCUCUAUCGACGAAGUGAUCCACGAGCUGGUCGACGCCUGCAUCGGAAGAUACUCCCAGGUGCGGCGGAUUCCUGGCCUGUGGGAGAGAGUAGUUUACAUGAUACUGCCACAGCUACCUUAUUACAUGAAGGACAUCAUUAUGUUCCUGGUUUUCCAGUGGAGAAUGACCGUAUCGCCGCAAGCGAAAAGCUCGGAGAACCAUAGCGAAAUGCACUGAAAUUACUGAGGAAAAUACUCUUCCCUUUCCUCCAUCUCUUGCCACUUUUUUCUCUUAUUUCGUCCGUGACCAACGCCCCAUUCUCUGUAGAAGACUACAAUAUAAACGAUUGUGAUCUCAGUAACCUCCUCGUGACACGUUUAGACGGGAGGAAAGUGUGUAUAGCGUGAACAGUGUUGAUAAUGGCCACUUGGAGCAUAGAUUUUACACAGACACACGACGAGGCACCUACGUUUCUCACUUCAUACAACGUAUGAUUAGUUAAAAAUAUGUUUAACCUCUUUUCACUUGCACCAUUUGUGACUAGGUGUUCACGAAAUAAACAUCAUCGGGGUAGACACCUAGGAUUAAUGACCGAAGUACAGACAUUGAGUUUGUUUUUCAAAUAGAACUGUGGUAUUUUUUCAUCAUAAGAGCAGAUCAUACGCGGCAAACUCGGUAAUGUAAUUUUUCUUUAAAUCUGACAUUGGAUAGGGUGAUUUCUGUGCUUUUACGGCGGUUAGAAUUGCGAACCGGCCAGAUGUUACUCCGUAAUUUUUUAUCUCCAAUAGAGUACUGUCACUGAAUUUGUAACUACUUCUGGAGCAAAAAAGGAUACCACGUCUAAACUUACUUAACUAAGUCUUAGUGACAGUUGUAUUUUUUUUUAAAUAUGAUUUUCGGUAGCUUAUAUAGUCACAAUUAAAAUACAGCAUUUGACAAUCAAUUUUAUACAGCGCGUGAUAGAUUUUCCAAAAGACCACCACUAAACUAAAUGCACUUUUCUACUCUCAGGAUAACAUGUUGCCUACCUGUUCUUAGAGUGUCCUUAGAUACCUUUAUGGGGCAGGCGUAGGGGAGGUAGCAGCGUUCAAGAUUCGAUCUAGAAGUUCUCUUUUUUCUAUAAUUUUCUGACUUCAUCAAAGCACAGUAACAAAACAGAAAAUGGGUUGGUUGGAUGCUACCUCAUACAUCUGGUAGACUGUGAAUUAUCUGUAAGUGCGUUUCAUUUAUUAUGACUAAUGAAGCGUAUUUUCCUAUAAUUGUAAUAAAUUAUGAAGUGUCAUUCCUCCCUCGAAAAUAACAUGACCAUUAACGAAAAAUACGGUAUUGCAGUGCCUGUGUUAUUCUGAAUUAUGAUGCAAGGUUCCUUUGGAAAUGCAUGCAUAUCCAAAAGAACAGGCGCUGCGGCGACUACAGCUAUCAUGAAAUACAUGAAAAAAUUCGAAUACGGAUAACCAACAGCUGUGUAAAGGAAUGACGACAAGGAAAAUUUGUGCCGGACCGAGACUCGAACCCUCAUUUUCCGCUUACCACUAGCAGUCGCCUUACCAUUCGGCUAUCUAAGCAUGACUCACGGUGACAUCAAAACUUCUAUAUACCGUCAACCACGUGUCUACAACCUGUACUCCUACAUCCACUAUGUAUAUUCCCAUACAGGGAACACAUUUUACUUGAAUGUCACCCCGCACGGGAAUAUACAUAACGGAUUACGUGUGCAGGUUGUAGACACAUGGUUGGCGGCAUUGGAAGUUUUGAUGUGACCGUGAGUCAUGCUUGGAUAGCCGAAUGGUAAGGUUUCUUGAUCUGCAUGAGGGGACCAAACAGUGAGGUCACCGGUGCCAUCGGAUUAAGAAAGUAUGGAGAAGGAAGUUUGCCGUGCCCUGUCGAUGAAACCAUCCCGGCAUUUGCCUGAAGCAAUGUGGGGAAAUCACGGUAGACCUAGAUCAGGAUGGCCGGACGCGGAUUUGAACCGUCGCCCUCCCGAAUGCGAGUCCAGUAUGCUACCCACUGCGCCACCUCGCUCGGUGCCAAACGGUAAGGCGACUGCUCGCAAUAAGUGGGAAAAUGCAGGUUCGAGUCCCGGCCCGGUACAACCUUUCACUGUCGUCAUUCCAUUACACAGCUGACGGUUGUCCAUAUUCGCAAUUCCGAAUGCAUUUCAUGUAUUAACGACAAGCAUCAGUGUGCAUGAAAUGCAUUCUGUCUCGGAAAUCUUUCGUAAUAGAACAUUUUUGCUUCGAAAUAACAUUUCCUUCUUUCAUACCCCGUGUAAGUCAAAUUCUAAGGUACUACGUCUCAGUCUGACAGAAGAUAUUUUACUGUGCGUAAACCAUCCUUUAGGAAACGGGAAAUGCUGUAUUUGUUAUGUUUAUAUCUUUCGUUGUAAACUUUCUACUUUUAAUGCAGAAAAAGAUUGCAAACCAGUGGGUAAUGGUUUCCAAUAUGCCAACAUUAACACAAGUAAAUAGGAACUGAACUAAUGCCGUAUUCUUAUUUUGGGCGCAACAAUUGUCUGAGGAUAUGAAUAGAUGUCUAAUAUCCCCAUUAGUUUAUUCUCAAAGUAAAGAUUCAGAAAGGUGACUACCUCAUUUGCCCUCUUCUUUCCAGUGGAUUCGUCAUACAUACAAAAGUGCAUUGUCUUAUUCUUGGGUUCAUGAAAACAGAAGAUAUACACUCGAAGUUGCCGACUGUAAAGGGCAUCAGCAGAUGAUACCUUUGGCAGUGACAUGUUCUGCAGUUUGUCAAUGCACAGAGCUUCGACAGUAAGCUCCUCCCGUGCCUCUGCAGAUUUAUCUCUCAGUUGCUGUAGAAAAAAAUGAGCUUUUUCUAAGACGCAACUCUUCCGCAGUUAUAAGUUGCUUCUUAUCUUCUUCAGAUGCAGUACUUCUCACUUGAUUUGCUAUUGUGUCACAGGUUCUACAGGUGUGCGUUUGACGGCUCCCAAACCCAUAAUUAAAGCUCUGUUGAAAGUAUCUGCAGUAGAAAUCAUCCUAGACAAUAGGUUCAUAGCUCGUACCCUCUACGUUCAAAAUAUGCUGGUCUCGCUCACAUUUCUCCAAAUACAUGUCGUACAUCUUGCUCAAAUUUAACUCAGGAGACAAACAACAUUUGAAGGGCUUAUUUCAAUAGUGGUACAAGUCCGUUACCUCCACUUCUCUGCCUAUAAUGCUUCUGAAAUUGAUGAUCCAAACAAACAGAAAUUAAGGUUCAUCUCUAGCAAGAAGCCAUAUGCUUGAAUAUUUCUGGUAUCUCAACUGGAGACUUUUCAGCGCUCAUUUAACUUUAGGACUCUGUAUCUCAAAAUGGACAAAAAUGGACUUGUACCACUAUUGAAAUAAGCCCUUCAUUUAUUACUCUGCUUCCUGCAGUAGUGGGAUGAACAUUUCGGAAAAACUUUUAAUGUUAAUCAUUUCUGGAAUGACAUUGGGCCUUGUUUAAUGUUUUCCUCCCUUGUCCUGUGGACGUGUAAUGUUUGCUGCUACGUAACUUACAAUGCGCUCUACACGCCUUUUGCUGAUUCCAUAUACUAGACUGAAUCUAUCUUGCAUAGCUUAAAUUCCUUUCGUCCCAAACUAACCUAAAAAGAAGCACUAUAGUAUGAAACUCCACUAGCCCACAUAGCAACAUAUAAACAGACAUACAUUUCUGAAAGUGUUGCAUGUGCCUCAAAAUCGAAACCGCUAGUUCGACAAGUCCUUGUCCGUGUUGUUGGUCUGCGUUUCACGACGCUGGAUUACGUUAUUAAGUAACUUAAGUAUGACUCUCAUUGUUCUUGAUUUUCCGUUCCACAGAAAUGUGUCAAGAUAUUAUUUUCUCGUGAUGUGUAAGUAUCGACUAGCAGUUUCCCUAGCAUUUUCAGUCUUUAUCAGGCUUCCUGCUUGUUACAAUUUUUCCAGCAACACCUGUAUAUUCUUUACCCCUAGCGCAUUUCAACUUCCCCAGAUUCCUUUUCGAGCUCAUUGGAUUUCUAUAUCGCUUUCGACCGCUUUUACGAUUCACAUUUAUAUUUGUACUUGAAGAUUCACUUCCUGUAUUAUUACUGGGGUUAAAUGCACUGACUGAAUCUUCACAAGAUUCACUCACAUCACUAUCGUCUGCCAUUUCUCCAGCUAACAACUGGAGAAACCAAAGCCACAUGCACAAGAGCUGGCAUGUGCUUCUCCCUACCGAGCGACAGCUCAACCGCUCAGGGAAAGAGAGAGGUACAUCCUGGAGGUGCUGCUCUCCUGCCCGUAAUGCAAAAGGGCAAAGUUUCAAUCACCUGUAUUACCAUCAGUUACCAGUGGAUCCCCUCAAUCUUGCAUCAAAGAUGCAACUAAUUUUACUGCACACAUAGGUGCGAUGAACAGUUUUUCGUGAAUUUUGGAGUUACCCCCCUCCUGCACCAAACCCUUCAAUUGUAGCCCUGUCCAGUCUGCAAUUUAUUUAUGCAAUAUCCAGAGAGACACGAUAAAAAUAGGAAAACAGUGGCGACUCUAGAACAAAUAUACACACUGGCUAUUGCUCGGAACCUGUCAGGUGGGGGCUAUAAGCCGCAUAGAUACACUAAACUUGGUCACAAGAUACUCCCCCCCCCCCCUCCACACCCUUAUCUGUCAUGUGAAAAGCCACAUCCUCCUUCCUUCCUGCCUCUCCAUCCAGCCUAGUAUUUUAGAGGGCACCAAAAUAAGGCAGCCAAUUAAACUGUAGUUGCAAGACUACGUAAACUUCACUUGAAUUGUGGAAAAAUGCCGCCAUGUUCAAAGAUAGUUGGCUCUGAAUUAGGUAUAUUGGCGCCAGCACACACACACACACACACACACACACACACACACACACACACAACAGAAUUUUUUGUUAUGUUUGAAAACGUAUUUAUAUGAAUUUUUUGAACCAGUUUCAAAAUAGGAUAAGAACAUAAUCUUUGUCGUAACUAUAAAUCAGGGUAAUGCGUUGUGGACUUCAGUGCAAGAAUUGCCUGGAUGAGUGACAGAGAGAGAGAGAGAGAGAGAGACAGAGAGAGAGAGCCAGAGACCGAGAAACGAGAGAGGUGGGGGGAGAAACAUUGAGCUGGUGCAAGAGAGAUGGCUCCUCAUAUAUUCAGUGACAGUGUAUGAUUAAUACACCUAGCUCGCUGCUGAGAUGUAACCCAUGUCAGCUUUGCUUGAUCUGAUGCUAAGUGCCAUCUCUUUCUAUAUUUCUGUAGUGCUUACUUGUGUGAAGCACAAACAUACUUGCGUACAGGUAUUACAGAAGGAAUGGGGGUAAAACCCAAACAAACAAAUUGUAGAUAUAAAUGUUAUUAUUUUUUUAGAUUUUCUUAUAAUAAAUCACAAGAGUUUAGUUGUACAA